GCAUCUAUUCCGACCGCGGUAGUACGGCGCCCCCGCCCGGCAUGGCUCACGUACCCUCUCGUGGUCUGGUUCACGUACCCUCGUGCGGUAUAGCUCACGUACUCGCGCAGUAUAUAGGGCGCACGAACAUGCCCUCUAUCUCUUCAUCAGCCUACCCAGCCACCCAUCGCCUACUCCACCACCCCUCGCGAUACCCGGGAGCUUCUGCGCCUGUACAUCACCUUUACACUCGCUGCGCCCCUCAACAUCCGCCUAAGAAUAAUAACUUCACUCGCGAUGCCUUCCUACCUGUCGCUCCUUGCCACUCUCGCCGCCGCCGGUGCGGCCCAUGCGUAUAAUGGUGCCGCGACCUGGUAUUACACCGAGACCGGCAACGCCGGAGCGUGCGGCGCGUACAGCAAGAACAGCGACCCCGUCGUCGCGCUCCCCUACAGCGUGUGGAACAACGGCGCGCAUUGCUGGCAGCAUAUCGGCAUCUGGUACGGCAACAAAUGGGUCGACGCGACUGUCGUCGACCUCUGCCCGAGCUGCGAGGGAUACCACAUCGAUCUCUCCCCAGGCGCGUUCACGCAACUCGCCAGCCAGGACACCGGCCUCAUCCAGGUGUACUGGAACUGGGAGUAAGCUCUGACGAGGGUCGGGCACAAACAUCGCAGCCGAGAGGUUUGGAACAAGCAUCAGGACCAGAAGUAGGCCUCGGGACCGGGAGCAGCGAGGAGCUGGCCUGAGGAGUCCGCUCGAACCGGGCGUCUUUAGCGGGAAUUAGUUUCUCACAUAUACCCUUAUCUUUAUUCUGUUUUCUUCUUCGGUGUUUCGCGCUAUGGGUGGAUUGGUCGGGCCUGUGGAUACUCACCGAUGUUGCUGUACAUACUGGGCGCUCAUGUUGUAUCAGUAUCUCCCUAGCUCCGUGGAAUAAUGAAGGUUGAUUUUCCUCGGGAG